UUCUCGCUCUGCCCUCCGUCUCGUCAUUCCGUUCGUAUACGCGUCCGAGUGUUACUUCCUAUCGUCGACAUAUAGAUCUCUCUUUCGUACACGAGUCGCUGCACGUUCGCGAUAAAGACGCACAGCACCGGAGACACACAGAGGGAGAGGGAGAGAAAAAGAGAAAAGAGAGUGUGUGUGAGCGAGAGAUAGAGAGAGCGAGAGAGAGAUAGAGAGAGAGAGAGAAAGAGAGAGAGGGAGUGCGUGCUGUGCAGAUAGUCUAAAACGCCGGGUACGUGUUCACAGAACAUUUUACGUGUCGCCGCGUGCGUCGAAAGAACCUCUCCCCCGAUCUCUUGUCGUCGGUGGUACACGCGCGCGUACACGCACACCCACGCAAAAGAGAGAUCCCGGUAGACCGGAUGCGGUGAAUUUCAGCCGGUGAACGCUGGUUCCGAUCCAUGCACGCACGAUCGUGAUCUCGAACGCCGAAAGAGAGUGAAAGUUUUAUUCGCCGGUUACGCGGAGGAAGAGAAAGGCUCUCCCGUGGCCCGACCAGAGAGGAAGCCGGAAAACCAAACGACGGAGAGGAUGGAGUGGUAGGCCUUGCAAGACGGCCCGCCCCUUCCUUUGCUUUCCCCGGGUGUCUCUCGUCUCUUCUUCUCCUUCUCGCUUUCUUUGUGUCCCGCGGUACCGUUUCGUUUAUUUUUUUUUCUCACGGCGGCUCGUCGCGACGAACUCUGACGUAACCUUCGACGGAGGUGUCUACGCGCCCUCGCCUCCAACGUCUCGUCCUUGAUUUUCUUCUCUCGCGACCCGCAGAGUCCGAGGGCGGCCCCGUGACUCACCCCUCGAACCGUUUGUUUGACCUUCGACAUCCUACGAGUUUAACCCUUUGCUCUUUCGGUACGACUGCCCCCCCAAACUCUCGCGAUUCCAAGUUGAAUAUCUUUAACGCGACAAUCGUCCCGAAUGACCGAGAAAAUCUAGCAAAAUUUCUAUUCUCUCCAUUUUGUUUUUCUCCCCCUCCCCCCCCCCCCGAUUGAUCCGACGCCGGUGUUUAAACGAAUAGGAAUCGAAACACGGUCGCGUUGCACCGACGGGGCAGACGCACCACGAGUGCAAAGGGUUAAAGUCCCGCUAAGGCUGCACCCUCCGACACACCGCGUUAUUUCUGUCUCUUUUUUCCCCGAUUCCGUCGUUACGACACCGCCGCACGCUGGUGACGCGUUACACCGGGUGCCUGCGUGCUACGCGCGCGCGUCCACACACACACACACACACACGCACACGACUAUAUACACACGUACACGUACGCAUGGUACACACACAGAGAGAGAGCAAGCCGGACGCCAGAACGCCGCUCGCGAAUACUGCCUUGAAGGGAGAAGAAGGAGCAGGAGAAUAAGGAAGGGGAGGAGAGGAGGAGGAGUUUGAAGGUGGUUUAGUGGUGGAGGUGGUCGAAGAAGGAGAGGAAGUGAAGCAAGUGUAGCCGCGUCUACGACGCCGAGGAGCCACGUCCUCGGGAGGAGAUCAACCUGGCCUGACGACCGUGCCCGUCGUCCGAACGGCCCCGUCGCUACUGCAGCGGCUGUGUGUCACUACUGUUCCACUGCCCCACACACUGCGGCCUCAUGAUUGGUUCAUUCUGGAACCUCUGUCGUGCGUGCCCUUCAAUGCCGAUUGACAAGCAGCUCCAUUCAGAGUAUAGGAGCACGUACACAUGGCACGAAUACACUGGGCCGCACCAGGAGCAUACGGUCGUCCGUCGAGCGCCGCAACCACCGCCGACGUCGACGACGCAAGCGAGCGCGAAGCUACAAUCGGCCAAGUCGACCGAGGAUGAGAACAACGAAGGACCCACCUUGGAACCGCCGUUGCCGAGACGAAAGAAAUGCCCGGAGCUCGCGUACAAGACGCACGAGUUCAUAACGGCGGCCGACGGAGGUGGCAUAGACGCCGUCGACUCGAACGUUGUAGCUGACAAAGUUCGGGAAGUUACAGCGCAGUCGAGUUUGCCGCCUAGUCAGCUGAGCAAAGCGAUAUCCAGAAUCAGCACCGAGUAUCGGCUGCAGUUCGCCUGGCCUAGACGACCUCAGCUUACAAAUGGCGAGACAGUGCCGCCGGGAGUGACGGCCGCGGGAGCGCCUGCAGGUACGACAGGACCACCUAGAAAGUCUCUCAGCAUGGGAGCUCUUAAGCAGGGUAUCGCGCCUACAGGACCUGCCCCGGUUCACAAGAAACGACCCGGCGAUGUCGAUCAUAAACGCGAUGGAGUGCAGGCAUCGGAACUGGAGCCCCUGGUCGGAGGAACUGGCACGGACAUCAUCGACGGGGUGGUGCCCGAGGGCGACGAGCGCGAGGAGGAUAUUUCGGACUUGAAAAUAGCUUUCAGGUCAGUGACGAAGGAAGAGAAAGAGAAGGAGAACACGAGGAAGGUAGCGCCGAUCACUAUGACGAUGACGAUGCCUCCCGCGGGACGACCGUCGUCGGUGCAGGCUAGACCUAUGCACGGACUGUUGCAGGACGAUGCCAAAGCGGAUACUGAAAGAGCCAUCGCUCGCGCAAGAAAGGAUUUCUUGAUCCGCCACCACCUGGAUCGUACCACCGGUGUCGUCCUCCUAGGUGAUGACGAUUUGUUUGCAACAGGCGACGGAGCACUGCUUCCCUCUCCGACGAGAGAGAAGCUGGAGCCCGUGAUACCGCGACGUAGAGAGGACACGAAGGAGCAUCGCGAGGAGGUACAGCCUAAGACCAAGUCCAGCCCCAAGAACAGUCCUAGAACCGGACGUUCUCAGAGUCUUGGACCCUGUGUCACCGAGCGUCGGUCACCGAAACGCCAACCGCCGCGCGCGCCCUCUGUCACCAAAGACACUAGGGAGAAGGAAAAGGAGCCAAAGGAUAAAGAGAAGGAGCUGAGGGACAAGAGCGGUGAGCCAGAAAGGCAUCCACGACCGACCUUCCUCGCAACCACCGCUCCUCCCCAUCGCCCUCUUCAUCACGCCAAACCCUCAACCACCACCACCACAACCACCAACACAAGUACCACUGUAAAACCCCCGGUAAAGCAUUCAGUUCAUACGAGUGUCCAUCACCCACCUGCGUCGAGCGCUGCCGCUGCGGCCAGGCCGGACCGUGUUAAAGAUAUAAGCCGGUGCCAAGGUCCAAACGAAGCUCAGCCAAAAACGGCCCGCGACGAUCCAGCUGCGGCUGCGGCCGCAGCCGCCGCCGCCGAUCCAUCCAAAUCAUCCUCCGAUAGUCGAUACGCGUCAAACCAAGCCGCUACCGCCGUCCAACCUAUGACGGCGGAGCCGCAAAUAAACGGGGACGCAACCGGCGGGGACUCGAGCAUCGCCUCGACCCCACCGUCGCAAACCCAGCCACCGGUCUCUGCCACCGCCGUAAGCCCGUGGAUCGACGACGAGCCGGUGGUGAAAAGCCCGCCGGAACCGACCAGGGUAAAGUCCCCGGAGCAGAUGAUCAUGCGGUCACCGGAACCGGUAAACUGGACCGUGCCCCUCGACACCGGGAAAACGUUCACUGUCACCCAAAACGUCAGAGAAGAACCCCUGACGCGUCCGCACAGCGAGGCGAAAACAUGGGCACCGUCUUCCCUGCCCUCGGCGCCUCAGUCAGCACCACCCGAGCUGGCGGCACAGCACAAGUCGCAGCACUCUCAGCACUCCGGGUACAAAUCGCCGGAGAGCGAGAGCGUGUCCAUCGGUAGCUUCAGCGGCUUGAACGGGCACAAGGACAUGGACUCGGAAAGAGACAGCCCGUUGCCCACCAUCGCUCAGGGUACCAGCACACCCACGCAGGGUGAAAAGGAACCGGGAGGAUCGGAGAAGGAGUCGAAAGACCAGCCUAGACCAGAGCCAUCGAUAAAGCCUGUAGCAGGAACGAAUCUGAGAUGUCUGGACGAUCCAGGGUUCGAGUACGAGAGAAAGGAGGCAGGUCAACAGCCAGCGACGACGACAACGAUGACGACACCGUCGUCGUCGUCGGUUCCUCAGCCGGGUUACCGUAUCCUGGAGGCCGAGUCGCCUCAGGGUAGUACCGGGGGUGGCGUGGGAGGAGUCGGGGGCAGCAGCGGGGGUAGUUAUCACGUGCUGGAGGCGCCCACGGUCGUCCCGGGUACGGCGCAACGCUCAGCGGCGAGCGAGGCGCUGGAGAAGGCGCGAAAUCGCUUCGACAAGUUCUGGGGAAAGGGCAGCGGCUCGGAGAAUUAGAACGUUCACGCGGAGAAACGAACAGCGACAUCCUCGAAACCGGAGGAGCACGCGGAACAAUGAAGAAGGGGGGAAGUUUAGGGAAGAACUCGAGGAAGAGGAAAGAGAAACGGGGAACGAAAAUGGCUCCUUUCGUGGUUCGUCUGCUCGUCCCUGAUAGCAUUGUUUCAUCGGGAGCGAUAAUCGAAAUCUCGUUGGUCCCUUUACGUCUUACCAGUCACCUGUCGAGCGUUCUUCGUCGAGAUGUAUGAGAGAAGGAUAUUAACAGCCAAAAGGGAGUUUUAUGAACGAGUGUCGAAGAACUGGGCGACGAUCGAUCGGUAAGACGAGCGAGGAUUACGAAGACGGAGCGUGCAGGCAACGCGUCGGUCUCGUUGAAACUCGGAGGAUGCGGAUCCAAAAUGGAGGAUACGCGAGCACGCGAGGUUCUCGACCACCUGAGAGCUGGCUCCUUCGACCAACAAGUGAUCUUGAGACGAAGAGAGUAUUUAGAAGGAAAUAAACGAAACUAUACACAUACACGCAGGACACACGGACGAAUCGAACAUGUACACAUAUAUUUACACGGACACGAGGGGACAGGUACAGGGGGGGCGACACGUACAAUAGGAAGACACGCACCUAGACGAACACACACGCGAGUCAGUAAUGUUUCUAGGAUAUCCAAGUGAUCUCGAGGGAUCCGCCGUAGUUAAGCCCAAAUUCUUUUUCCAUUGAUAAGAAAAAAAACAAAAAAAAAAAAAAAUAAUAAAAAACGAGAUACCGUGAAUGAAUCGAAUCGCGAGGAAAGGCUUUGUCGCUAUAAAUAAAGAGAGAAGGAAUAAAGUAGCCUUCAGCCGCUUCGUGCGUUUUAUAUAACGUCUAUAUACGGAAAACAAUUAUACACGUGUACACCGUAUGUACAUCUACAUUAUGGGUAUCGCACUCGCGGAUUAUACGUGAUCGCGGUACCGAGACGAUUUCGCGGAUCUUCGCCUUGGGGGGGGCGGUAGAACGAGGGAUUAAAACGGUUUAAAAAAAAAAAUGGGUAUAAAGGGUAACGAGGUCCGCAAAAUUGUCGAGGGUACCGCGGGAAAAGAGAUUAGUCUCUUUCGGAAAACACGGAACGUCUCUCUCUGUGUGUGUGGAAAAAUUAAUAAUCCAUUCCAUUUUUCGAUAAGAACCUCGACCGUUCCGGGAGAAACGAAGAAACGACGAAUUUCUAGGUAAUUUCCUGCACACGAAUAUGAUUUUUCGCGCUGGUACCUUGGAGACCGGCUGGUGGUUCGCGAGAACGCCGAGGGUGGCUCUGAACGUCUCGAAGUUCACCGUCGCGCCACCUGCUGGAAGUUUAUCCUUUCAAGACAGAAAUUCGAAAAGCUCGACGCAUUCUCCGGUUCCUAUUAGUUUCAAGGGUAAACGGUGGCUUAGUUUCGCGUUUUUACGUAUCUCGGGGAACGGUCGAGCCGCGUCUGGCGAGGAACUCCCCGGAAACCACGAACGGAACGAAUUACUGUAGUGAGGCGUAGUGUUUGUAUUCCGCGCGUAACCGGCGAGAUUCGAAUUCCCCGCGAGUUUCGCGCGUCGAGACCAACGACAGAAACCGGUGCCAAGUCGGUGACAACAUCGAAGACACGCCGCUUACGGGGGAAUCGUUGCAAGGUAACCGAGAAGAGAAAGGAAGGGUGGACGCUACCUUCCCGAUCGCACGCUGCACACAUUCCGUCUCUAAUUUUCUUACGCGAGAACCUCGUUCGUGCGUUCCUCUUUCGAACGAAAAGAAGAUGAGACGCGGGUGAUGCCCCGUGACUCGAUAAAACGAGUAUCGUUCUGUCGUCGUUGGAUCCGUUACGCGUUGAAACGAUCGUCGAUGUGGAAAGGGAGGUAAUGCCGUCCCUUCCUUAACCCUGUCGGUGCUAAAGGGUCGAACGUCGAGCGUACUCGCAGGCCGCGGCGCUAAAAAGGGCUAAACGAGAACGGGAAGAGAAAGAGUUUACGAUAGAACGCGAAGAAAGUAGCGAGAGGAGAGAACGACGAACGCAAAGACGCAUCUUUUUCCUGAUCGACAAGAGACAGAGGCGAAAGACUUUUUGUUUGGACAUUUGGGGGGGGGGCCCCGUUGUUCUCGCUUCGGGGACGAUGGAAGGGAGGAAGGGAAAGAUGAGAACAGAGAUGAUGAAGAUCGAACGACGGAGCUUUUCUCUCUUUCACGCGCAUUUUGGUACACACCGGUACACCACACUCCAUCCAGAUCCACGUCCAAGAGUCAACCAACCGUAGUGAAGCAGUAUAACGAUAAUGAUUAAUGAUAACGAUAAACUCUAAUGAUAAAGAAGAAAAAAAAAAAAACCGUUAAGGGAAUAAAAAAUGAUGAAAAACGACAAAAAAAGCAAAAAUACGAAAUACAGAAGCGAACGACUGACGAGGGACUCGAUGAAAACUAAAACCGUAGGAAGAAUUCAUGAUGUCGACGAGAGAUCGGGGCUAAUUUCCGUUUUAUUUUUUUCAGCUUGUCCGCGCGGGGAUAGUCGAUCGAUGACGAUGGGCGAAAGAAUAAAGAUUCUUUAUUCGUUAGAUCGUUUAUACGCGUACGAUCGGUGGAAGAAAUAUAUAGAAAUUCCCUUAAACAUCGUUCUUGUUUCUAAUCGAAUCGAUAUGUAUCUCGAUUAUCUAACGAGUUCGCGGUAUUUCUAACAUCGAUCGUGCCUCUGUUUCGUCGUAGUUUGCUCGAAAUUCUCAAUCGUGCGGCCUAUCCUCUCCGUCUCACACGACGCAAAAGACAAUCGCGACGAAUCUCGAUGACACGAAAGAUCGAGAGAUUUAUACGUCAUCGACAUCGAUCGCACUAUCGAUACAAACGAUUCGAGAUCGUACCUAUCGAAGAGGACCGGCUGCAUCCCGAAUUUUUCUUUCUUUAACCUAUCCUCGAGUCUCCCUCCCCCACCCCAUGAUUGCGUUUAGAAACACGAUUAGAUCACUGCUUACACCGAUCUGUUUGAGGAAGCUACCGGAAGGACCGUGUAAACCGAUUCGAGGAAUCUGUAGUUUUAAUUCGGUGUUAUAGUUUGUAUAUCGUUACGUUCUUCGACGCGGUGGCGGAUCGAAUCGUCUAAUUUCAUUCCCGGGUGACACUCAAAUCAUUUAGUUUCGAGUACGUUGAAGAGAACAGAUAUACCGUGAGAUCCGCCUCUGCUUCGACGUUCAAUUUCGCGGCUCUUGCCUAGACGACGAUUCGACUGUGCUGAGGGAUAGAAAAAGGUUUUCGAGGUCACGGAGGCGUGGCUAUCCCCCACCACUCCGCCCGGCCACGCCCUCUUUCGCGCUACGCCCCGCCCAUUUGUGGUCAAAGUGGGAGGGGAGAGUGACCUUGAGCCGGCAAUUCGACUGCGCUGAGGGAUAGAAAAAGGUUUUCGAGGUCACGGAGGCGUGGCUAUCCCCCACCACUCCGCCCGGCCACGCCCUCUUUCGCCCUACGCCCCGCCCAUUUGUGGUCAAAGUGGGAGGGGAGAGUGACCUUGGGCCGACGAUACAUCCCAAGCACGAUGUUUCAUUUUAGCGAAAGCGUAUCGAAUAUCGAAGGCUGUUUUUAACGCGCUUACCACCGCCGCCCGGUGACCGCGACCUAUUGUGAUAAGUGUUGAAUUAUUGCAUUCCAUAUAAUAACCGUGCAACUCGAUGUACGAGUUGAUCGAAUCAUUGAGUAAUCGACGAGCAAGGCGUCGUCGAUAAAAAGUUUAUAGAUUAUUUCGAGCGACAUUCACUCGGAACAGUGGCGUAGCACGCCUGGAUCGUUCAACGAUCGGACUUCUCAUCGAUGAUUUCCACGUGUAGACGUUAUUUACCGUCGCGCUGUUAUUACGAUGAUUAUUAUUAUAAUUGCCUCGUUGUGAUAAUUGUAAUAUGAUGUGUACGUUUCAUUGUUGCCACACGGUUAUUGGAGAAACCUUUGCGCGCCACUGAUUCGACGAAUCACUUCGUUCGAACGGGCUCGUCCUUCUUACGUCUAUUGUUGAACGAACGACGAAGAAGGGAAAGUACGCGCGACAGGGGGAAAACUCGAGAAACAGCUUGGUGUAAGCAACGAAGGUAGAGAGCGGUUGGAGCGUUCGUACGCGUCGGAUCAAGCACCUCGCAGAAGCUUACACUGCCCAUCCGAAUUUAGAAGCUGAUUCCUCCUGUGAUUUCCAGAACGUUGUACCCACGGUUAGGGUCACGACAAACAACUCGACAACGUGAGCGAGCAAUUCGCUGAACAAACGUCGACGAUUAUUAUCGUGAACGAUCGGAGAAACGUAUCGCUCGUCGCCGCGGAUUCAAAGACUGUUUCUGUUUUUUUGGAAGAACCGAAGCGAAUACCCAAAUGUUGCACCUUUCGUUUAUCCAUUUGUCGAGUUUCCGGUUUCAAUUACGGAUUAUUUCGCUCGCGAGAUUAGAGUUGACCUUUUGCUAGGCGAGGCUCGAAUGUUUCUUUCGCGAGUGUAGAGAGACGCUGGGGGAAGAAAGGCUUGUAAAUGAUUUUAUUUUACAAGCCUUUUCUUUCUUUCGAAAUCUCGUACACGCGUAGACUCACACAUUGGGAUUUAUGAUUCUGUCGAGGACAAGUUGUAAGACCAUCGAUCAACGGGCCUUAAGAAGCGACAGAACCGUGAACGUGCUGGCCACGUUCCGAAAACGUGCGUUUUCUAUUCGACGAACCGAGAUACAGAGGAAAUGCGAAGCAGAAUUUCUCGAAAUCUACUUUGAUUCGUAUGUAAAUUCGUUUUUAUCGCAAGUAAACUAAAAGAGAACUUCGAGAGCAACAGAACUUUGGAUCCAAACGAAACCGCGCACGCGAUAAAAAUGGAAGAUUGAAAACCGCUUUUCUUUUUGUUUCGCGCUUUAGAACCGGAAUUAACGAGACUUCGUUUUCUUUCGCGACGAAGAUAAAAAUAAAAAAUAAUAAUAAUACUAAACAAAAAAAAAAAUAAAAAAAAAAAAACACAAAGGACUAUAUUGUUCGGAGUUUCGCCUGUAUUCUCGCCUCAGUCUUUAUGCCUACUUAUACAUAGAUAGGUCGUAACUAUAUUAAAAUGCGACGAUUAUAUACAAAGUAUAUAUAUAUAUAUAUAAAUAUAUCUAUAUACAUUAUACAUAAUAUAUUAUUAAAAAUGAUGCGGGCGGAUAGGAACUGAUGUUCGAACAACGAUGGUAUUAUAAACGAAGUGAAACGGAGGAGGGUAGAUCGAAGGGAGGAGAAGCUGUUUUGUCGGAAUAAAAUUUGAAUGAUUGUUGCAGGGACGACGAGAUGUUUUGAUACAACGAAACGACGGCGAACCGAUCAUCUCGUAGAAUUUUCUAUUUCGGUUAUUUUAAACGUUGCUCGGAAUCCACGGAAUCAGACGCGUAGAAACCCAUUUUUUACCGGGUCAGAUCGCUGACAACGGAUCAAUCGAUUUAUUUCGCCAGGGAUCAGCUUCCUCGAUAUUCUACAAAACGAAUCGACAGUAGCGAGAAAUCGAGCAAGUGGCGCGAAACUUAAAACGGUCCGUGAUCCAAGAUGGCGGAGGUCUAUGGAAGCUCGUGUUUCGUGUCCUCUAAAAAGAAAACAAUCUGCUCGUUAUUGACAAAAUUGAACGAAAAAACGAGAAAAAAAAAUCGCUUGCUCGAUUUACUGCCAAAUCGUGUUACGAUUUUAGCAACCCUCCGCCCCCCCUUUUACGCGAACCAACACGAUCGGUUUUGGUAACGGAUGUACACCAGCCUCGAUCCUGAUAGCAAAAGGGUGCAUACGGACACGGCAAGCGGCUGGAAAUUUCAGGAAACCGACUUCUUCUUUCGCGAGACUAUGUAAUUUUGUUCUUUUACACCCCCCCCCCCUCCACGCGCUCGACGCGCACACUCCGGGAGCGAUACGAUGACGA